GCGCGCCGGUCGGAGAAUCGCGAGGACGCCCGAGAUGCCCGCCCGCCCGGCCCUCCCCGCCACCCUUCUGGCCCUCUUGCUCCAGGCUCACCUGUCCGGGCCGGCCCCUCUGAACGGAUCAAAGUGGUCCUACAUUGGUCCUGAUGGAGAAAAAAUAUGGCCAAAGAAGUACCCCUUUUGUGGAGGAGUCUUCCAGUCUCCCAUUGACUUCCACAAUGAUAUUCUCCAGUAUGAUUCCACCCUUUUGCCAAUCGGACUGGAAGGCUACAAUGUAUCUUCUGAUGUCAAGUUUCUUCUGACCAAUAAUGGACAUUCAGUAAAAAUGAAUCUUUCUUCUGCCAUGCGCAUCCGGAAUCUCUCUUUCCAGUACUCAGCAGCGCAGCUCCACUUACACUGGGGAAAUCGGAACAAACCGGAAGGAUCCGAGCACACCAUCAGUGGGAGGCACUUUGCUGCUGAACUGCAUAUUGUUCAUUAUAACUCUGACCGAUAUCCAGAUCUGAAGUCAGCAGCGGACAAGCCCAGUGGGCUGGCUGUCUUGGCGAUCCUGAUUGAGACAGGCCAAUUCAACCCAUCGUAUGAAAAUAUCUUCAGCCAUUUCCAACAUGUGACAUACAAAGAUCAGGAAACCACUGUUCCAGGUUUCAACGUCCAGGACUUGCUCCCAGAUAGACUGGAUGACUACUACCGCUAUGAAGGAUCUCUGACCACACCCCCAUGCUAUCCAAGCGUUCUCUGGACAGUUUUCCGAAAACCUGUGCACAUUUCAGCAGAACAGCUGCUGGUGCUGGAAACCACACUGUACUGCACACAGUCGAACGAUCCUGCCCCUCUUGAAAUGGUGGACAAUUUCCGGGGAGUCCAGGAAUUUGAUGAACGGCUGGUCUCCGUCUCCUUCCGACAAGGUUUUGUCCUUUUUGUGGUAUUAGCCGGUGUCCUCGGUGUUGUCUUUGUCGCCAUGGUAGCCCUUUGGCUGAUUCGAAGGAAGAGCCUCCAAAGGGCAAAGGAAGAGAAAGGGGUAAUCUACAAGCCAGCGGUCACCACGGAGGAGGAGGAGGAGGAGGACCUCUCCAAAGCUUAAACUUCUGCAGUGCCAAAGCUUUACACAUCCUUAAUGGCUGGACGUGCCAAGCUUUAUAUCUCUCCUGCCACGUUUAUCAGCCAAGUUGGGCUUUUUGAUUCCUUGAGUGCGAAGAGGGCGCUUCUCCUUUGUGCAACAGGAUUUGAAAGGGCAAACAGGGACAGGUGUUAAGGGGUCUCCCUCCAAAGAACC